UGGCUGAAGAGCGGCUCGUACAGUGAAGUUGUGACCGCAUAAGGCUUAUCAGGUGUGACUCACCUGGAGUAAAAAGUUGGUCAGCCCUGGUCUCAACAGUCAGCUCAGAAACCUCCAGUCUGAGAGAACUUCAUCUAACUGUGAAAACACUGGAUCUAUCCUGUAAUAAUCUAGGAGACUCAGGAGUGAAGAGUCUCUUUGCUGGACUAGUGAAUCCUCACUGUAUAGUGGAGACACUGAGGAACAAGUCUGAGGUGACUCAGGAAGCAGUGGCAAGGAAAAACUCCCUUGAACAUGAAGUUGGCAUCUCCUCUUAGUAUCACAGAGUCUAACUGGAGCUGGUAGCUCUCUAGAUGCCUCAGGAUUCUCACAGGGUCAGCCUCAUCUCAGUGGAGGUCCAAAAUCUUCAUCGCACGGAAAACAAUCGGAGCUGGUAGAAUUUCUGGAUGCCUCGGGAAGGGUGGAAAGAGAGAAGCAGUGGAUGCCUCGGGAUGGGUGGAAAGAGAGAAGCAGUGGAUGCCUCGGGAUGGGUGGAAAGAGAGAAGCAGUGGAGAGGGAUUAACGUAGCUGCUUUUCAUAAUAUUAGCAAGCACUAGAUGAUAAUCUGCAUUUGGUCUGAUGUAAUAGAGCACAAUAUUAUGGAGACUCUGGAGUGAAGAGUCUCUCUACUGUACUGAAGAAUCCUCACUGUAAACUGGAGACACUGAGGUAAGAUCAUCUCUCUGAGAGUCACAUGACCUGCUCCUCUGUAAGACACAUUCUCUAAUAGUAAGACUGAAGCAGAUGUUUUAGUGUUCAUCAUGAUGUACUGAGGAGGAAAAUUGUUUCUUUUCACUGAGCACUAAUGAUUCUUCACAGACUCUGACAUGACAAUGUGUCUGAAAGUACUGUGAAAUUUACUAAAACAUUGUAAAUAAUUACACAAACUGCAGUUGGGACACAAACUGAAUGUACUGUGUGAGUUGCAGGGUUUUAAAAGCAGCAGUGAAAUGGAAGUGAUGUGAAAAAUAGUGCUUAAAAACAAAAGUUACACAAGUGGCUCUGGUCAAGUCACACUUUCAAAAUAUAGAAUUGAUGGAUGUACAUUUAAAAUGUUUCUUUAAUUUGAGGAACAAAAUGGACAAUAAGGCUGCACGAUAAUAGAUUAUUUAUAUAAAUAAUAGAUAUUUUGCUCCAAAUUUUAAUCAUGAUUACUAAUCAUGUUUAUUCUGCUAUUCAAAUAAAUCAAAAUAAUAAAUUAAUAAUUAAUAAUUAAUUUGCUCAUGAAUUUUAUCUAAAUGUUUUUAUGUUAUAAAAUGAAUUUUAUCUAAAUGUUUGUAUGUUAUAAAAAAAACCAACAGAACAGAAAUGCAGUAGGUCUCUAUAUUUAAAAAGAAUUUGAAAAUAUUACAUUUCAUUCAAAAUCUGUUAAUAUCAGGUUACGUGACUGUAGGUAGGCCUGCAGCUCACAAACUGCGCUUAGUUCCUGGUUGAUAGAUGGUCUUUGUAAGACUCGUUCAGUAGCUUUAUAGAAGCUUGCCAAGGUCAACACAUUCCUUGGAGUGACUAUGCAUUAAUACAGGGGUUUGCUGUGCUGUGGCAUAAAACCGCUAAAUGUGGCACUGUAUUUCAAAGCGUGCAUUUAAAAGUAUGCACUCAUUGGUCAGUAGUGAACUUGCAAAGAGAGUGUGAAUUAGUCAAUCCAGGUGAAAAAUAAAUUUAGUUUAUAAUCUGUAGACUCAGUCCAUAAUAAGAAAGAACCAUUUGCACUCUUACCUCAGGUAUUUGAAUAGGCUAAUUUUGAGCUUAGCAAGGCUGUAUACUCUACUUAAUCUACAAGAGGUAUUUAACGAAAGCUUAGCCAGUGCACAGCUGCUAUAGGGCAAUUCUCACCUUGUUUCCAUAAAACCUAAAUGGUGACCUAAAUUGGAGACUGGUAAGUUUUUUAUACAGUGAUUAUACAUUGCUCUCCAAGGUUUUUGGCAACAGAUUGAGUAAAGUCUAAUAACAAGUAAUCCAUCCUGAUCAGACAGAUUGUGUCCCAGGAAGAUUAAUUUUUGAUAAUAUUUCUUUUAUCAGAGAUAUUUUGGAUAUCAGUAAGAGUCUUUAGUCAAGUGGCAAUAGACCAACAAAAGGUUUUUAACAGAGUCGUGCACAACAAUUUAUGGAAUGUGUUAACAGCAUUUAGUUUUAAUCCUGAUUUUUUAUCUGUGCUAAAGGUAUGAUAAUGUUGAAAGUAUACUGAAAGUUAACGGUGACUAACAUACUUGUCUGGUACUUUUGUCUUGUCUGGUAUGUUGUACACUUUAGCAAUAGAGCCACUCCUAAACAACUUUCAAGUUUACAGACGUUUUUAUCUGAUUUAAAUUGAAGCCAUAUUGGAUUAGAUUGAUGCCUUUUGGAUAGUUUAUCUUCAUCCAGGAGGGGGGCACGGUGGCUUAGUGGUUAGCACGUUCGCCUCACACCUCCAGGGUCAGGGUUCGAUUCCUGCCUCCACCUUGUGUGUGUGGAGUUUGCAUGUUCUCCCCCUCGGGGGUUUCCUCCGGGUACUCCGGUUUCCUCCCCCGGUCCAAAGAUGCAUGGUAGGUUGAUUGGCAUCUCUGGAAAAAUUGUCCCUAGUGUGUGAUUGUGUGAGUGAAUGAGAGUGUGUGUGCCCUGGGUUGGCACUCCGUCCAGGGUGUAUCCUGCCUUGAUGCCCAAUGACGCCUGAGAUAGGCACAGGCUCCCCGUAACCCGAGGUAGUUCGGAUAAGCGGUAGAAGAUGAAUGAAUGAAUCUUCAUUCAGGAGAGUCUGAUAUACCUUUGGUGUUUUUAAGAGAUGGAAGGAGUUGUUUUGAACUUUGAAGGAGUUGUUGAAAAUGUAAAGGGUCACUUUUAUAUGCAUAUACCCCCCCAACAGAAAAAUCACAUCAAUAUUUAGUAGCGCCUCCUUUAGAAGAAAUUAACAGCCUCUAGACCAGAGGUACUCAACUAAAAUUUAAAGAGCUCCAGUAAGAGAAAAUUUCUUGAAGCAAAAGUCCGGAAUGUCUAAAAGAUCAUAAUGUCUAACUAGUUAAUGUGAUAUAUUUUUAAUUAGCCUAGUAGUUGUAUCAACAUCUGCAAGCAAUCAAUACCUGACUGUCAAAUCAAAUAAAUUCAGUACAAUUCAAAAACUUUUUGACAGUAUUUAUUAGAGUUGGGGUACUCGAACUCGGACUCGGACUCGAGUCCGGACUCGAGUCCAAUUUUGAAUGAACUCGGACUUGUCACGCACUCGGGUGAAUUUGUACUCGGACUUGACACGGACUUGAACAUUUUGGACUCGGAAAAUAUUCCGAGUACAGUCGAGUCCGCGUCAUGUGUAACAAUAAAACCAGCAUAAAAUUGAGAUGAGAAAUUAAUUAAUGUUCCCGUUUGUCAUUUUACUGCCACCACACCGGCAGGCAGCAGUAGCAUCAUCUUAUGCUUGCAGACGAAACACACACAUCACUCACUGGAUAUCAAUCUGUGGCUAGGACGAUGUCUUCAAAGUCAGCAAUAAUUUGUUUUGCUUACGAAAAUCAUAAAGAAUUUAUUUGCAAGACAUCCGGUAAAAAGAAGCACUCUGCGGAUUGCAAAUUUUGCAAAACAACUCUUACUGAUGUUUCUGGCACGACUUCUACCGACAUGUUCAGAGAAAACAUAAAGAAAGAAUAAGAGAGUACCAAAGACAGCAGCAGCAACCAACAGACCAACAGCCCAGCAUUGCAGGAUUUGCAAGACCAGAAUUGACCAAACAAGCAGUGCAACUUUAUGAUGCAAGUUCUCCAAGACAACAAGAAAUUCAUAAUGCCAUCAUUAAGGAUCUCCUCAUUGGCUGCACUUUACCUCUGUCAAUUGUUGAAAAUCAGCAUUUCAGGCAUUUCUUGAAAGUAAUGGACAACAAAUACACUCCCAUUGCAAGAAAAACAAUCACUGAAAAACACAUUCCUUUGUUGGUUGAUCAGGUGAAAGAUUCAAUUAAAAGGAAGCUCCAGACCCAAUCAUCUGUGUCCAUAACUGCUGACAUAUGGUCUGAUCGAACCAUGCGGUCCUUCUUCGGUGUUACUGCCCAUGGAUUAAACCAAGAUGGAAAUCAGCUGGAGUCCUUUCUUUUAGACUGUAGGCGGUUUUGUGGCAGACACAGUGGAGACAACAUAGCCAUGGCAUUUGACGAGAUCAUUGAUGAAUAUAACAUAGCAAGUAAAGUCAGGUACAUUAUUACUGAUAAUGCAGUCAAUAUGAAGUGUGCAUUCAAAGUCAAGCUACCACAGGAAGAGCAGCACAGUGAUGGCAGUGAUGCAGAAGAGGAAAACUUAGAUGAUGAGAGUCUUUGGGAGGAUGUGACCUGGGAAGACGAGACUAUCAUGGUGAGAACAAGACAAAGGCUGUCAUGUUUUGCACAUUCUCUGCAAUUAGUUGUACAUGAUGGAAUGAAAGAAGCCAAGGCCUUUUCUUCAGCACUUACCAAAAUGUCAAAAUUAACCUCAUUACUUCACACAAGUACUACAUUUAAAGAACGAUUUGAGGCUAAAUUUGGGACAGAUAGAUCAAUUCCUGCAGCUACAUCCACACGCUGGAACAGUACAUUCAAGCAGCUACAGGCCCUUACAGCACUUGACCAUAGGGAUCUCACACAAAUUUGCAGUUCAGACUUUCAACAUGUUCUUUUUUCAGUUCGUGAAUGGAAUCAACUGAAGAAUUUAGGUUCUGUUCUCUUUCCUUUUGCGGAAGCAACAGACCUUACAGAGGGUGAGAAAAUGGUCACUAUUAGUAUGGUGGUCCCCACUGUACUUGAUUUAAACACUCAUCUGCUCCAAAUAUCAGAGUCACAAAGUCAUUGCCGGCCUCUAGCCACAUCCCUUCGGCAAUCACUUUUAAAGAGAUUCUCUGGGAUCUUUGUGAGAACCAAAAUGGUUGAGCAAAAUGGGAAAGAGGACCAGUUCAACCAUAAUGUCUAUUUCUUGGCAACAAUGCUUGAUCCUCAGUUUGGCCUGAACUGGGUUGAUCUAGAUGUAACCAACAAUGAGAGUCCAGAUUCGGUGAAGAAAUUCAGAGAGGAUCUGAAAAGAACACUUAUAGAUUCUUUGACUGCAGAAGUUGAGGCCACAGCAGAUGGAGACAUGCUGCAUUCUGGAGGUGAUGUUGAUGAAACCUCAGAUUCUCCUCCUGGCAAAUGCCCACGACUUCUAGCUCGCUAUCGAGCUCACAAGCACCUGAGUCACUCAGCUAAGGAUGCAUGCAUUUCAGCUCAGAUACACAAGUACUUUGAUGCCAUUCAAAACACAGACACAAAUACAGCACUUGAAUUUUGGUCGACAAACAGGGAGAAAUUCCCACAGCUUUACUCUCUGGUUGUAAAAGUGCUGUCUAUUCCAGCAUCCUCUGCACCAGUAGAGCGUGUCUUUAGCAAAGGUGGCCUCAUCGUGAGACCACAUCGUGCACGCUUAACUCAUAAAAUGGUCACAGCGCUUGUAUUUUUGAAAAGCAAUAUGGCCCUGGUUUAGUGCUUGACUGUGCACUAUAGUACUGUACAUUUCAUGUUCAGUGUUCAUUACAACUCAUGUUACAAGACCAGAGAGCUGUGUUCAGAAAGGAGUUUGUUGUUGAUUAAGCACCGUAAUAAAGCUUUAAGUUUGUUGUUAUGACUAGCUGAUAGAUUUAAACUCUAGUCUGAGUAUUUCCUCAGCCUAUUUAAAUGUGGGGGAGAGGCAUUAAAUAAUUGAAAUGUCAGCUUUAACUGGAGGAUAAUAUAUUGUGAUACAAUAAUAAAACGGGUUCAUUUGUAUUUUCAUGCACUUGUAAUACAAUAAAAGUUCUACAUAUAACCUUCUUUUCUUUGAAACCUUUUUUGAUAGGAAACUAGUUCUGUUGACAUAAAAUAAAAAUGUUCAAUGGCAAUGACAA